GAGAAAUAGUAGAUAUAUUGACUACAUUCGCUAAGAUAUAAUUUUUUGCAGUGCAGUGUUAAUCUUGAAGUAGCAGGUUCGCCAACUAACAAGAGCUUUUAUUUUUAGAAGUCAUUACUGAAUGUGAAAUCAGGAAUAAGCUUCAGGCUAUUUUAAAGAGUUGUAAUAGAGCUCUGCUGUUAUAGAGCUGAUGACUGUGCUUGGACGAGGCCUACGGCUCUUUAGAGAGGUUUCAGAGAUGAAGUGAAUGAGAGUGAAAGAUAAUAAAGGGUUAAAGUUGAACUCUUUUUUGUGCUGAUAGUGUAUCUGAGUGCUGUAUUGAGCAGUAAUAAAGUGACUGAAUCAGUCAGUCGGGCUCUUCAGGUGCUGCUUUGUAAGCAGUGGCUUGAGCAACGUUCAGAGACCUUUGCCCCACCUUGGCUGUCUAAACCUUUGUUUGCUGUUCCCAUGUUGAAAAGCUUCACAGGACACGCCUCGUUCUCUCUGAGCUGCAUACGUCGCCCAUCAGAAGUUUGGGGACACACAGCUAUUGAAAAUGUUUUUGCUGCAAAAGAGCCUUUUUGGUCAACAUAUUAAAGCCUAAGCAGAAAGAAAACAGUAUCACACGUAAAUAUUUGGCCUCUCGACUGACCAUCCUCAGGAAACAAUGGGCCUAAUUCGCCAAUAUCCUCCUGGGUUUUUUCCUAAACAUGCUCUUGAGAAAAAGUCUACGUCAGAUUCAUGACGUGUUCUUAAAGCGCAGAACUGUUCUCACCUUUGUCCCCUUCAGUGUGUGAAGAUUCUGUUCUUACCUAAGAACAAAUCCCAAAUACGGAAACACUGGUGAACGUCAGAAUCUUCGUACAACAAGAAACUGAAUUAAGAUGAGCAGAAGGACCUGCAGGUGUUCUCUGUAGAGGACUUUUCACCUAGAAAAUCAACAAAACAUGUGAUAUCUGGUCUGGGCGCUCUGUACGAGAGCUGGUAGAGCAGCAGCAGCAGAUCCAGGACCUCGUCUUCUCCAGCACUCACAGACAUGAAGGCGGUGACUCUGAUUCAGUCUGACCCAAAGGCCGAAAUGGAGGCAUGGCGUCAUUCCAGCUGUACUGGACCGAGCCUGACGAUGCAGAAAAGUGUGGAGAACCGGAUCCUGGCCCAGGCCUCCUCCGUUCUGCCCCAGACUCGUUCUUUCACUCCUUCUUGGGCAACACCAGCCCCCUCCAUCUUCUUCUGUCCUGCUCUUCAGCCUUCUGCCCUCUCCUCCACCUCCACAUCUUCUCUCCUCCUCUCCUCCAGCUCCUCUGCUCUUCUCUCCUCCACCUCCAGCUCCUCCCGUCUUCUCUCCUCCACCUCCAGCUCCUCCUGUCUUCUCUCCUCCACCUCCAUCUCUUCUCCUCUCCUGUCUAGCUCCUCCCAUCUUCUCUCCUCCUCGUCCGCCCGGCUCUCCUCCCCUCUCCUCAGCACUGAGAACACCCAGCUGAAGCAGGUCCCCCUCAUCCUCUCCUCCUCUCUCUGCUCUCCUCACUCCGCCAGCCCUUUGCUCCACAGCCCAGCGCCCCCUGUUGUUGGUCUUUCUCCUGCUCGCUGUGCUACUGUUCCUCCUCCAGAGCAGCCGAGUGUGGCUACCAGAAAGAGAAAAUUAGAGCCUGCUAGUCUGAGCUCCUCUGAAGUGGCAUCCUACAGCGAGGAGCUGAAGGAGGACUUGGAGGAGCGUGAGGAGGAGGUGGAGAUGGACACUGCGCUGCCCUCAGAGCUGCCGGAGCUGGAUCUGAAAGUGAGUGAUGAAGAGGAGAAGCAGACAGUUGAUCUCGGUGAAGAGUUUGCUGUGGUCGACACACGUGUGGACAGAAAAGCUGAACUAUUAAAGGAAAAGAAGAACCUUCUGCUGAAUGUGGUCUGCUGCUCUCUGGUGAAUAAGAGCAGGGCUCCGGAUCAGAAUGACUGGAAUGAUAAGGAGAGCGUGUGGACGCAGUUAAAAAGCAUAGGCACGGAGAUCACCCUCGCUGACCCGGAGUUCAUCCUCAAGGUGGCCGUCUACACCAGACAGGAACUGAACAUCCGCAUCACCGCCAACUUCCUGCUGGCCCUGGCAGCCCACCUACCCGAGUCUAAACCCCACCUGAGGAGGUACUUCUGUGCCGCUGUCCAGCUGCCGUCUGAUUGGCUGGAAGUGACCAGGAUCUACAGCACGUGUUUCAGCUCGUCUCUCCCUUCGUGUCUGAAGAAAGCUCUGGUGGACAAAUUCAAGCAGUUCAGCGAGUAUCAGCUGGCCAAGUACAACACGCGCAAACACCGCUGCAAACACAGGAAGAAGAAACGCGAAGUGGAGGAGCCGUCCGCCGAGCAGUGGGAGAAGUGGGCUCGUCUCGUCAGAACAGACGCGAAAGGGCUGAAAAAAUUUAUGCAGAUGUCCAGUCGUCGAGCAGUGGAUAAGAAACAGGAGAAGUUUAACCUGAAGAAGAUGAUAAAACGCCUCCAUAUCAAGGAGCCUGCUGAGCUGGUCAUGAGCGAUCUGGGGAAGAGGUAUCCGGCUGAUUUGAGGGCGUUUGUGCGCAGUGGUCUGAGUGGUGUGUGGCAGAGUGAGCGAGCCGGUCAGCGGAUGAAGCUCAAGCAGCCAGAAACCUGGGAGACCAGACUGAGUCUGGAGGGAAACAGUGCUGCUGUGUGGGAAAAACUCAUAGAUAAUAACUCUCUGCCCUUCAUGGCCAUGCUGAGGAACCUGAGGAACAUGAUCACGCAGGGCAUCAGUGACAAGCACCACGAGCGCAUCCUUAAAAGACUGACCUCUAAGAAUGCUGUGAUCCAGAGCCGGCAGUUCCCUUUCCGCUUCCUGUCUGCGUAUAAAGUGAUUCUGGAGCUCGACAGGUUUGUGAGUGGCCCGGUGAAGCAGCUGGCCAGCAGUAAGGACAUUUUGCGGGGAAUUCUAAAAAGGAUUCCGAAGUGCAGGCUUUAUAGGCGGAUGAACUGGGACGUAGCCGGCCAGAAGAGACUCCGAGCGACUCUGGGUGUGCCGUUCAUCUGCAGCUUGUACAACAUGAAACGCAAACUACAGCACAAAGCAAGAGAGAAGAAGUACACCCCGGCGCUGCUGGAGCGCUAUCGUCAGGCUCUGGAGAAAGCUGUGCAGAUUUCCUGCAGAUACAACGUCCCUCCUCUGUCUGGACGCACGCUCAUCGUCUUCAUGGACAAUUGGUGUGUGAGCAGUGAGUGGAGAGGAGCUGAAGACAUCUGCAUGCCUCCAGGUGUUUCAGACAGCACAGACAACACAAACCUUUCAGCUUCGCCUCAGGAAGCGGCCCUGCUGUUAGCCGUGAUGAUCAGCUACUGCUGUGAGCAGCCGCUCUUCCUGUUAGCGGACAGCAUCGGCGUGCAGGAGGUCAAACUCAAGUCUGACAUGUUCCUGGAGAACGUGAAGCAUGUGAAGAAGCAGCUUUCGGAAUUGUCCAAUUCAUCUGAGAAGAUUCCACACAGCAACUUCUUCUACAAGCUGCUUGAAGAGAAAACAAAGGUGGAUAAUAUAAUCAUGCUGGAUGAGUCGUACACUGACUGGUACAUGAUUGAAGAAAUUAAAAAGUACAGGAAGGAAACAACCAGUGACCCUUUACUGGUCACCAUAUUACUGAAAGCAACUAAUCUGGAUUCAGACGAUCCUGAAGAUCCCAGAAGUUUUUGUCUGUGUGGCUUUAGUGAGCAGAUCCUCAGGUUUAUUUCAGAGAGAGGGUCCUCCAGGCUCUUGGACCACUUAGAGCAAAUUGACAAGCUGCACAACAUCCCUCCACCAGCAGGAGGCUCUGCUAAGCCUAAGAGAGCAGCUGACGUCGUCCCAUUGCCCGCCACGCCGAAACUCAGAUGGCGUGGAGUGCGCGUUUUCAUCUCCUCUACGUUUCGGGACAUGCACGCUGAGAGGGACGUCCUGGUGCGGAGCGUAUUUCCGGAGCUGCGGCGGCGUGUGGCUCCACACUGCCUCUACCUGCAGGAGGUGGAACUACGCUGGGGCGUCACCGAGGAGGAGUCCAACCAGGCCACUGAGCUCUGUCUGUCCGAGGUGUGCCGCAGCCAGCUGCUGCUCGCCAUUCUGGGAGAGAGAUACGGGCAGGUGCCGCCUCGGCCUACGCUGCCUAACCUUCCUCAGUACACCUGGCUGAACUCGGCCCCCGCUGGCCUGUCAGUCACAGAGAUGGAGAUUCGUCAGUUUCAGGCUCUGUAUCCGGACUCCGCUCAGAGCCGAAUGUUUUUCUACUUCAGAUCGCCUCACCUGGUCAGCUCCGUUCCUGCAGCCUGGACAGGAGAUUUCGCAUCUGAGUCCAGCGAAUCUGCAGCUAAAAUGAACAAGCUGAAAGGAUGGAUCCGGAACAGUCAGUUCAAGAUCACAGAAAAUUACCCAUGUGAGUGGGGUGGUGUUGUGGAUGGACGGCCAUAUGUUAAAGGUCUGGAGGACUUUGCGAGAGCAGCGAUGGAGGAUCUGUGGGCUGCCUUACAGAAACUAUAUGUGGAGGAAGAAGAUGAGGCUGAUCUGACGUCGGAGAUUACCGAACAGGAAGUGCAUCAGGAUGCCCAGCAGCGCCACUUCCAUGGCAGAGGGAAGCUGAUUUCUGUGGCAAUAGAGAAAGUCCAAGAGUGUCAGCAAAAAGGAGGCAUACUGUUGGUGGAGGGCGCUCAUGGAGAGGGCAAGACUGCAUUCAUGGCUGGCCUGACUCAUGCCCUCAGGACUCCGGGCAAGUAUAGAAAAGAGCCAGUUUGUGAUGUCAUAUCCUAUUCCACAGCCGCUAGCCAAUCAGCUUCCAGUGUAGAGCACCUGCUACGCUGCCUCGUCCAAUGGCUGAGGAGGAAGAAGGAGCUGGUGGAGGAGCUAUCUACCAGCACACCUUACAGAGACCUGCUGUCAGAGUUUCUCUCACGCAUAACUGAGCCCAGGAAAGGCCACGCCUUAGCCUUGCUAGUUGAUGGGGCAGAUCUUAUUCAUGAUGCCAGAGGUCAAGGAGUUUCCGAAUGGAUCCCAGAACGCCUUCCCAAAGGUGUCUGUCUGAUCCUGAGUGUCACCAAGGAUUCCGCCCUUCGGACCACCAUCAGCAAAAAGAAAGGCUCUGUGGUGUUUCCGCUAGGACAGUUGCCUCUGCCGGACAGGAAGGAGAUUGUCCAGACGGAGCUGAGUGUGUACGGAAAGAAACUGAGUGAUUCUGCAUUUAAUAACCAGCUUCAGACGCUGCUGAUGAAGAAAGGAGCCGCGAGUCCGCUCUACCUGCACUUAGCCUGCGAGGAGCUCAGGAGCUACGCCUCCUUUGAAACGAUGAAGGAGAAUCUGCAGACUCUUCCUCAGUCUCUGUGCGAGUUGGUGAAGCACAGUCUGCUCAGGCUGCAGGCUCUGUACGGGGCAGCAGGCCUGGACUGGACACUGGGAGCACUGACCGUCAGCUCCACUGGUCUGAGAGAACGAGAGCUGUACGCUCUGCUGAACCUGUGCAGUGACCUCAACUCCACUCCGGGCCCACUGACCUGGCAGAAGGCCCUAAAACUCGCCAGAAAACCCAAGAGCCGAGUCCCCAUGGCUGCCUUCUCCCAGCUGGCGCAGAGUUUACACGGUUUAAUCCGUCCGUCUGUCUCUCAUGAGCCGGACGAGCCCCUGACUCUGACCAUCCCGGAUGUGAGGUCAGCUUUUGAGCAGCUCUACCUUUCCACCGAGGAGGACAGAGCCAGAGCACACCUGAUAUUGGCAGUUCUCCUCUGGGUGCGGUCGGACCCUCACGGUAAAGACACGUUUCUUCACUGUGACGCUGACACUCUGGUCCAUCUGCCUGCCCAUCUGACGCUCAGUGGUCAGUGGCAGCCUGUGCAUUUUCUGCUUUCCAGUUACUACUUCCUGUUUGCUAAUGUGCGCCAUGGACUCCUGCACCCACUACUGGAAACCUACAUCCAGUUUGUGAAGAGAAUCGAAGCUGACCAGCAGAACUGGACUGAGCCAUCAGGUGAUUUAAAUGAGCUUCAGGCCUGUCACUCUUUCCUGAAGCGCCACGCCCCCCUCCUCUCCCAUUGGCCAGCUCUGUUUGUGCAGCAGGCUCUGAACGAAGCGGGCAACUCAUCAGCUCAUGCCUGGGCUCGGAGGCUGGUGAAGGAGGGAGGAGUUAAUGUGGUCUGGAAGCUGAACUACACCGAAGAGCUACAGCGAGAGACGGGUGAGCUGGUGUCCACCUUCCAGUGGGAUCCGUCCUGCGUGGCUCUGAGCCCUGGUGGGGGGUGUGUAGCGGUGGGCACAGAGCAAGGAACUCUACACUUUAUCCACACGCACACGAACCAGGAAGUGAAAUCGCUGGUUAGUAACUGUGACGGCAUCUCCAGCUGUGUGUUUCUGGAUGAAGGUGUUCUGGGCACCACGUCCUACGAUGGUCAGGUGGAGCUGUGGGACAUUAACAGCGGCAGCAGGACGGCCCGUCUGACUGCGCACUCCAACAGAAUCACAGGGUGUGACGUCAGCUCGGACAAGAAGCACUUCUCCACCGUCUCAUUGGACUCCAAUCUGAAGGUGUGGUCCUCUCAGAAGGGGAAGCAGGUGGUGUCUCUGCUGACCCCCUGCCCUCUAAACUGCGUGAGCUUUGACCCUGAGGGUGGUCUGCUGGCGGUGGGCUGCUGGGACGGAGCGGUGAGAGUGUGGGACUGGAUCAAACAGGAGAAAUGGACGACUCUCUCGGGUCAUCACUCGUCCGUGCGCAGCGUGUCUUUCUCUCCCUCCUCCUCUCUGCUGUGUUCUGGUGCUCUGGAUGGGGAGGUGUUGCUGUGGUCGUUUACUGGCUCGGCCUGUGUGGGGCGCUAUCAGGCUCACCGCGGCUCCACCGAGGCCUUGAGCUUCCUGCCUGGAGGAGAAACGCUACUGACCGCUGGACACGACGGCAUGGUUCAGCUGUGGUCAGGAGGUCUUGGACGCUCGGUUUCAGUGCUGGGGGAGGAAAAGAAACUCUCAAAGCCGGCUGUGUCCAGAAAUGCGGUAGCAGCCGAGGAUGCUGCCCUCUCUGUGGCUGUUGCUAACGGCUACGCUGCUGUGGGUUACCAUGGAGACGGCCUCAAACUGUUCAAUCUGGAGUCAGGUGAGAGAGUGUGGUCCACUGAGAAUCUGCGGGUGUCCGUGCCGUGUCUGCUGUGGCUGGAGACUGAGGGGACGGAGCUGCUGCUUUCUGGGGCUUUAGACCACCGUUUGCGGCUGUGGAGCAGGCAAGGGGCAGACAUGACCCUCAGAGGGGCUUUUGGGGUCCAGAAGGGCGGCAUCCUUGCCUUGGCCCAAAACUCCACGUACAUCGCCUCUGCCUCAGAUGACUUCACCAUCGCUCUGUGGCUGAAGAGCGACUUGACCUCUGACCCCUGGGUUCAGCCCAGUGCGGUCAGUGUUCUAAGGGCUCACAGUGGAGGAGUCACAUGCUUGGCCUUCAGUCCAGAUGGAGACCAGUUACUGUCCGGAGGGAAAGACAAGGCUCUGAUGGUGUGGACGGUGAACGCUUCUCCUCCGGUUCUUUCUCGUUCUCUGGCCCAUUGCCAUGGAGACUGGAUCACCAGCUGUGCCUGGAUGCCGGAAGCUUUACUGAGCUGCUCCAGUGACUGCAGGCUGCGUCUGUGGGACGUCCAGACUGGACACUGCCUCAGAGAAGUUUCAGCUGCUUCCUCUCUCAGCACACUGAGCUACUGGGGGGAUUAUGUGAUGCUAGGCUGCUCUGAUGGUCUGCUGAUGGUGUGGAAAUCGGAUUUAGGAGUCAUCGCCGAGAUCAAGGCUCACCAAUCACGCCUUCAUCACAGCACCAUCAUCACUAAACCAGAUGGUGAUCAGAAGGUGGAGGAGUUAGUGAUGGCCACAGCCUCUGAGGACGGAACUGUAAAGCUUUGGCUCCCCCUGCAGGUUCAGCACCGUAGCACUCUGCUUGGCCACAGCGGAGCCAUCCAGGCUUUGGUGAGCGGACGAGGCCCGCAGUUCCUCACCGUGUCCGAGGACCACUCCCUCAGAGCAUGGAGCGUUCAUACAGAGAAUCCUCCUCUGCAGGCGGAGUGUGUGAGUGUGGUGUGCUUUGUGGAGUCGGAGGAGCUGCUGGUGUGCGGCUACAGCUCAGGCAGGCUGGAGAUUUGGCAGCACACUUCACUGCUUUACUCCAAUAAGGUAAAUAAUAGCCGUAUUCGAGCAGUGACCGGUAUGCCGGAUAAUCAGCUGGCCGUGGGCUGCAGUGACUGUUCUGUGACCGUGUUUAAACUGGAGAGAGACUAUGAACGCUGUACUGUUGGGUUGUCUGAAAUAUCAUCGUACACGUUGAACAGUAGUGUGAAUUUCCUGCUUUACUGCACUGCUCUGCUGGGAGUGUGUGUGGACGCCACCGUCAUCGACGUCUUCUCCACAGUGAAAAGGAAUCACAGACAACUUGAAAACUUCAGACACACCACGCGAGUUUUGGGACUUUACAAGAACGAUGAACAAGGCCUGUGGCUGCUGGGAGAGGAACAGAACAACAUCAAGAUUUCCUUUGUGCUGUGUGCAGGCCCUCAUUUCUCGCUGAGCUCCUGUGAUCAGAGUGUGACAAUGGGAGGGGAGGACAGGGCACAGUGCAGAAGAAGAAGGAGAACAACAGGAGGCGGAGAAAGAGUCCGAGAAAAGUUCAGAGAAGAAGUCUUUCAGCAUCACAGCUGCUGCCAUGGACAACGAGUUUAUCGUGUGUGGAGACUGUAAGGGGAACAUGUGGUUCAACCGGGUUCAUAGCACAGCGAGAUGGAGUCCAAGAAGACCAGCUCACAGUGACCGAAUCAGCGUGUUGCGUUUGACGGACAGCACCAUCAUCUCCGCCUCUCAUGACAGCACCGUCAAACUGUGGGACAGAAACACCCAGAAACAGGUGGGCCUGUUCGUGUGCGCCGCUCCAGUGGAGGUGAUGGAGCUGGACCCAGCUGACCCCUGUAGGCUGGUGUGUGGUGACGCUUUGGGCCAGCUCUACUUCCUGUCCUGGAGAGGAUAAUGAACAGCUCAUUACCCCAACUAUCCAAUCAGAAUCCAAACUUCAUCUUCAUUUUGUUUUAGCUCUCCAAAAUAUGGGUGGUGGAGCUGAACACUACGGCGAUGUUUAAACUCUCAUGUGUCUGGGGUCACUACAGCACCUUAUGUCAUGUUAUAUUAAAGAAAUAUUUUUGAUCAUGUAAUGCUUGAAAAUACCUUGAUGCACUAAUGAUGAUGCAUGCAUGAUUACAGUUAUAUUAAAGCAUUUAGAGGAUCCUCUUCGCUGUUCUCAAAGCAAUUAAUUAAAGAAAAUUCUAAAGUGGUGAUAGUUUUUGUUUGCUUGGUUUCCAAAUAGCUCUAAAAUUGUUUGUGCCUCUAUGAGCUAAUAGGUUUUGUUAAAAUGAAUUGGUUUAGUUGGUUUUGUCUGCUUUUAUUUUGAUAUCAAAUAAAUGAUGGUGUGUUGAGGUGAA